AUGGAACACACGUAUCGACACAUAUUUCAAGGAGAACGGUUCGAGCAAUGUCCGUACGAACAUGCCCUCUAUGUGAAGAAAAAUGGAAGGAAUGUAUUACUUGUUGCUCUCUAUGUCGAUGAUCUUAUUUUUCUGGGCAGUAAUGGUCAGAUGAUAGAAGAAUUCAAAAGCACAAUGACACGUGAAUUCGAGAUGACAGACUUAAGCCUGAUGAGAUUUUUUCUUGGUCUGGAGGUUCGACAAGAAGAAACAGGAAUCUUCAUCUCACAAGAAAAAUAUGCAAAAGAAAUCUUGAAAAGAUAUAAGAUGGAAAGCUGUAAUCCGGCUUCGACGCCAAUGGAACCAGGAACAAAGUUGUCGAAAUUUGAUGGAGGAGAACGUGUCGAAGCAGGCAAAUAUCGAAGUUUGGUAGGAAGUCUUCGCUAUCUCACAUGUACAAGACCAGAUAUCUCAUUAAGUGUAGGCAUUGUAAGUCGAUUCAUGAAGGAGCUAGUUUACACACAUUGGAAAGCAUUGAAGCGAAUUCUGAGGUACAUCCAAGGAACAGUGUCACUUGGGAUGUUCUACUCAAAUUCAGACAAAUACAUGUUGGUUGGUUACUCUGACAGUGAUUGGUGCGGAGACAUAGACGAUCGAAGAAGCACUUCUGGAUAUGUGUUCUUCAUGGGAAAUACUGCAUUCACUUGGCUUUCUAAAAAGCAGCCAAUAGUAACACUUUCGACAUGUGAAGCAGAAUAUGUAGCAGCAUCCUGGUGCGUUUGUCAUGCAAUAUGGCUCAGAAGAUUGAUGAGUAAAAUGGAGCUAAAACAGAAAGGUGCAACAACAAUACAAGUUGACAACAGGUCAGCAAUUGAGUUAGCAAAGAAUCCAGUAAACCAUGAAAGGAGCAAACACAUUGACGUUCGCUUCCACUUCAUUCGAGAACACGUGAAGGAAGGAAAUGUCGAAUUGAAGCAUGUAGCAAGUAAGGAUCAAGCAGCAGACAUUUUCACAAAACCACUAUCAAAAGAAAUCUUCGACAGAGGCAAGAAGUUGAUAGGCAUGAUGAAUAGAAGAAACAUUUAA